AUGGAGAAUCAAGAAGAAGUUCAAGAGGAGAUGAAAGUCGAUAUCCAACAACUGAAGGGACAAAUGAGCCAAAUCCUAGAGGCUCUGAAUGCAUUACAAAGCCCUGGAGAUUCGCGGGCACCGCGACCGCAGCAAAGAGCAUCGGAGGCACAAACUUUCCCUCCUUAUGGUCUUCCUCCGAACUACACUCGACCCUCAAGAGAGGACUUGGGACAUGCUGACACCCAAGAGGUCAAAGAUAACGCAGUUGAAGCAGAAGACAAGCUUGGAGCAAACACUGCCAUAAUUCAUGGGGAGACAACCCAGUCAGGUAUUGCGGGUGUGAUAAUGACAAAACAACCCAAGAUGAAGUCUUCACCUCAUGUCGUUACAUCAGCAGAGUUUAAGGACAACGAUAGUGAGCUAGAAAUGCUUGAGAAGAGGUUGAGAGUCAUAGAGGGCAAAGAUGUGUUUGAAUUUGGAGAUGCUAGAAAACUAUGCUUAGUUCCAGAUGUGGUGAUACCUCCAAAGUUCAAGUUGCUAGAGUUUGGGAAAUAUCGGGGAAAUACCUGCCCAAGGAGCCACAUAACCAUGUACUGCAGAAAAAUGGCAGCCUAUGCUCAUGAUGAAAAACUGUUGAUUCACUUCUUCCAAGAAAGCUUAACUGGUGUGGCUCUAAGUUGGUACAUGCGCUUGGAAACAACUCACAUUUGCUCAUUGAAAGAUCUGGUUGAUGCAUUCGUAAGGCAGUACGAAUAUAAUAAGGACCUAAGACCUGACAGAUUACAAUUGCAAAACAUGGUGAAGAACGAGUCUGAAUCGUUCAGAGAAUAUGCCCAAAGGUGGAGAGAAAUUUAUGCUCAAGUAGAACCUCCUCUGAGUGACAAGGAGAUGACUACCAUAUUUCUGAAUACUCUACAACCACCAUUUUAUGAGCACAUGAUAAGCAGUGUCUCCUCGAGUUUUGCUGAUAUAGUGGUAAUUGGAGAGAGGGUUGAGGGUGGCAUAAGAAAUGGAAAAAUUGCACUAGAUCCAACUCUGGUGGCGAAUUUGAAUGAGUAUGGUCUUGGACAGGAGGAAAAUAGAAAACAAAAGGCAAAUUCGCAUUUUACUGCUUAUCCUCAGAUGUCACAUUCCUAUGGUUCCAACCGAAUCAUUAAGCAGAGAAAUCACAAUCGGAAUGAGAAGGUCGUCAAUUUCACUCCUAUCCCCAUGACCUAUACGGAGCUACUGCCAGAUCUUCUCCGUAAUAACCUCAUAGAAGUUUGUCCCACCAGGCCUAUACGACCUCCUUACCCAAAGAAGUAUGACAUGAAUGCCAGGUGUGAUUAUCAUGAAGGAGUGCGCGGACAUUCAACAGAGACAUGCAGGGCUCUAAAGCAUAAAGUGCAAUCUUUGAUCGAUUCAGGAUGUUUAAAGUUUGAAGAAAGUCAAUCCAGCGCUGAGGCAAGGCGCGAGUUCGCCUCUGCAAAUGCCAUGGACAAAUGA